UUAUUGUCAUAUUCUGAUGAACAAUAAACGUAAUUUUGUUUGUUUACUUUUGUGAAUUUAUUAAUUUAAUUUUAUAAUAUUGUAUUACGAUUGUAUUUAUUACGGUUCUCUUGCAACAUGAGUGACCCGUAUAAUACAAAUGUUCCAGAGCCUAAGAAAAUAGGCGUUUGGGCGGAAGGUACACGUAUCGAAGCAAAAGAGUACGUGAUACCAAAGAAAUCACCGGAGUCUAGCGACGAUAUACCCACAAUACCCGAUUUAGACGAUCUACAGGAUAUAUUGGAAAAAGAAAUUUCUGUGCCACCUACUGCUGAUCGUAAGGAUAAAGAAACAGUGAGUGCUUUGACAGAAGUGGGUGGGGGACUGAGCAGUUCGGCCGAGGGUGUGGAGGCAGCCCUGGAGAUACUGAUGUCAUAUGUACCACAGGUGGAGGUGGACACAACAGAUUCUGUAUGGACAGUAGAUUCACUGUUGACUCAGUUGGCAGAUGAAAGUCAGGAGACAGGAUCUCAGUAAAUAACAAUUCGAACUAUAUCACUUAUAAUUUAAAUGGCUAUCAUGAUGGGAUCAAUCAACUGUUCAUUUAUGAUGCUGUCCAAUUCAAACGGGGAUCGAAAUUACGACGGUAAUCCUAAGCGGAGCCCUCAGACUAAAGUUGUAUCCGUCAGGCGAGAGUUGGCCUUCAGCCACUCCAUAAGUCCUUCCUUUGGUUUAGAAUAUCAUCUGCACUCGCCCCCUAUCGUCUGGUGAAGCCGUAAUGGCCAGCUGCGGCCAAUAGCAUUAGAGUAGUCCAAAAAAAAGUAUUGAAUAAUUUAAACAACAUGUAUUUUAAAAUAUUAUGAACUGUAUACUUAUAGGAAUACAUUUUAGUUUAUAUGAUAUGAUAUGAAUGUAUGGGUUAAUAAACCAUGUAUUUUGUCUAACAGAAAGCUUUAAGACAUCUCUAUUAAACUAUUAAAGCCUAAAUGUGAUCAAUCGACCAUUGCAUACUAAUAGGUGCAACGGUCUCUUGAUCCCAUUCUCUUACAUUAUAUAUGUAUGAUUUCAAUAUAAUGACAUUAAAAUUAUUCUAUUGAAUAUAUGGUAAAUUCUAUUGAACAUAAUGUUCUAACAGAUGUAUAGAUCAGGUCUAUAGCGCAAUAUUUUGGUUUAAGUAUAUAUUGCUUUGGGGCUUGCAAUAGUGAGUAAAACCUAUUUACAUAUUUAUUAUAACUCAUAUGAUUUAUGGAUAAGCUUUAUUAUGACUGUUAGUUUAGCUUAAAUCUCUAAAGAUAACAAUAUUCUUGCAAAAUUUUAACUAUAGUAUUACUCAUUGUGAGCAUAUCUACAAAACAGUAUAUUUUUGUAUAUACUAAAUACUUUUUACCUUUUGAUAUGUAGAUCUUUAAAAAGGUAUGACAUAUUUCCUACAUGAAUGGCGUCUUAGUCAGUCAUGUAUUCUACAUGAUUCACCAUUUCCCUAAGUAGUAAAAUCUAUAUAUAUGUAACUCAAAGGUGACUGACAUAGUGAUCUAUCAACGCACAGCCCAAACCACUGGACGGAACGGGCUGAAAUUUGGCAUGCAGGUAGAUGUUAUGACGCAGGUAGAUAUUAUGGUAUAGCGCAGUGAUUACCAAAGUGGUCUAUAUCGACCCCCAUGGGUCUAAGACAAACUGCAAGGGGUCUACGAAAGCGGUCAUCUUGUUGUUUUUACUUUAUGUUUUUAACAGUAAACUUUACUAGAGUUAGAAAUUUAAUAAAAAUCAAUACCAGGUGAGAAUGAGGGGUUUAUCCAAAACCGAAAAAUAUGGCGAGGGGUCUACGACACAAAAGUUUGGGAAUUUCUGGUACUGCGGAUAGCAAUCUCCCGAAACGCACCGUUCGGUUGCCAGCCCGCUAUCGCUAGUUUCCGGACACAGAGCAGGGUGCGUCCGGCAUCAACAUCAAUAGACAACUCGAGUUAGCCCUGCCAUAAUGUGUGAGACCACAAAUAAUUAGUGCGGAUACCUGAUUACCGUUACCAAUAGAGAAGGUCGUAAUGCUUUCAGUAGCAGUAGCAGUAGGUGGUUAGGUUUCCACAUAUAAUAUUUGUCAUCUCCUACAUGCUAAGGGUAGCGGAAUUAAAAAAAAUAAUACAAAUCAAAGUAAUGAAAUGGACUUCCGCAAAAUAACAUCUAAUUCAAUAAUAAUAAAAGUAUAUCUUAUAUAUAUAUCUAUAUAGUUAUGAGAUAUACUUAUAUAGUAUAUCUUAUAUAUAUACAUAAGUAUUUUGCGGAAGUCCAUUUCAUUACUUUGAUUUGUAUUAUUUUUUUUUAUUCCGCUUAUAUAUUAUUUUAUUUAAUUCCUAUUAUUUAUUAUUUUAUAUAAUUAAUACCUUCCUAUCAUGGGGAAAGACUCAUCCUGCAAUGGAUUGUUAUAAUACAUUUAUAUAAUAGGUGAUAAUAAUGAAUAAAGAAAACAUUCUCAUAAAUUAUUAUAAAUUUAUUUUAAAACAAAAUCUAUUAAUACAAGUUUUUUAAUGAUAAAUAAAUCAGUUCCGUCCAAAGUAAGACUACAAUUGGGAAUGAUUUCUUAUAUAAUUAAGAUAAUAAAUAUUUAAGUUAAUUUAAAUGUUUUUUCUUGAACACUUCUCUGCAAAUUAAUAUUGGGUUUUGUACAUAAUAUUCUUGUAAUGAGGUAAAAAAUUUCAUAUUAAGGAGUAUUUUGGUUGAUGAAUGAGGAUUUUUUAUAACAGAGUUGUAACACGCUAACUGAUUAGACUUUUCAUUAUAAUAACAAUCCCAGACAAUUCACACAGCGCCAUCUAGACCCAAGAUGAGCAGAGCUUAUAUUAUGGUACUAGACAACUGAUAUAAUUUUUUUUUUUUUUGUAAA